AAUUCAUUCAUGUAUUGCAAACACUUUUUUUAUCAGACUGUUAUUAUGAUCAUAGAAUACAGAAAAUAUUUUAAAAUGAAAUGAGUUCACUCUUGAGUAGUCCCAAUUAAUCAAUAAACACUGCUGAACUCAUAUCUAAACAUUGAUAUUUUUCAGCUAGUAUAGACCUUGUACAAUGUAAGAAAUAUCAAUAAGCCAUUGUAAACUGAAUAUCCCAAAGAAACUGAAAUUUUCACAUAACUUCUCUUUAUCGAUUUUCGACACAAAAUCUCUUCUAACAUAAAUGCAGUGACAACUGUAAUAAGUGGUCAAAAAUAUCAAUACAUGUAGAGUUUAUUACUCCAAAACUAUAGUCUUUUACUCAAACCACUUCAUUUAUUAAAUUAUUACACUACGUUAUUUUGUUUAAUCUAGCGAGGAUUUAUACAAAUGUAAACUAGUAACACUAGAUUUCAUGUUUGUUGUAGUGCACAUACAAUAAUUAUGAGCGUUUACAAGUUAUAGAAUUCAUUCAGUCUGGUUUAUCGACUGUAUAAAAAUUCGAAUGCUCCCUAGCUUAUUGAAUUUGAUUUGAUAAAAUUAACUUUAACUCUGUCACCCGAAUGUUGCAAAUCUAGCGUUUAAAUGAACGAAUUGCACAGAUCCAUAGGAUAAUAUAAUUAGAAAUGUCAAAACAAGAUUUAUAGAUCAAAGUACAUGUCCAGUGGUAAUAAAUUUCCUUCAAAUUCAAAAGUAUAUACAUUCCUUAUAACAAAAGCAUUUUAAUUAUCUUUAUGACUUUAAACAAUGAUUUACAUCUUCGUAUUUCUAUAAAUUUAUUACAGACACGAGGAUACUCUACUUCGCAAUCGUUUAGUGUAUACGAAAAUGUUGGUUGGGGUGAAGAGUUCGACUCAUCUAAAUAUGAUUUAAAUGAUCCGAUGUCAACUUAUACUUACGAAACACAAGGUCAAGUUCAUUUAGUUGAAAUUGAUAAUUCAACUGAAACGUACUUAAAUAGGAAUACAAUUGAUGAUAAAGAAACUUCUUAUUCAGAAUAUGGUUUAUUAACUGAAAGAUCAGUAACAGCACAACCAGUAUUGCCUAAUCAACGGGAGAUGAUUGCUUAACAAAGAAAUAUCCUAACUAUAUAAUAAUAAAAAUUAGCAGAUAUACGUUCAAUUUACUAAGUCAAUUUAUAAUACUUUUCCUAAAAUUACUAUACACAUAAAACUUGGCUACAUAUCAAAACAUUUUUUCAAUACAGAUACAACUAAUCAAUCUAUUUCUUGUAAAAACUGUCUGGAAAACAUUUCUGAAAGCACAAGUUAUUAAUCACCAUCAUCAUCAUCAUCAUGAUACAACAAUUAUUUUAAUUUGCUUCUUUCAAGAAAGUUAAAUAGUAAGAAAUAAACCAUUUCCUUCCUUGUAUAAUAUUCAAUAAUAGAUUAUAUAUGAAUAUUCUUAAGUUUUGUUUUGCUUCUAUGUUUAUCUUCCCUGUUUCUUAUUUUGCGCUCUGACUUUAUUUUAAUCAAUUCUAUUAUUUAACAUUACCAAAGUUCAGAUAAAGUGAUUAAUUUAUAAGUUUCCUUAUGAUUUCAUUCUAUUUCAUUUUGUUUACAGAUGAAAAAAAAGCAUACUAUUUAUUAGAUUGAAAAUGGAAAUAACUAAUUAAUUGAAAAUGAUAUGUAUCUUAUAUUUUAAAAUCUUUUGAUUCGCACUUCAUUUUUAAACAAACUACACAAAUCACUAUUGUGUUUCUGUAUGAAUAAAUGUAUCUACAAAUAACAGACAGGUUUAUUCUUCACAUUGCAUUCAGCUUAUGCAAUAUUUCUAUAUUUCUAUAAACUGUAAAAAAAAACAAGAGUUAGAAACAAAAAAAUCGUCUUUCAUUAUAAUACAAACUGCCUUCUGUUCUGUACUGUUUCUUUUAGUCUAAUUAUCGAAUAGGGUUUAUGGUAAAUAGAUUUUGCGUCUAAAAAUGAUUUGUAUUGUAUUGUGUACUGGAAAACAUGAAGUUGCUUAACACUUUCAAAUCAUUCUCAUUACGAAUCGCCAUUGAAAGUAUAUAGGACCAUAUAUUUGCUGUUUUGUUUCAUAUUCAGGUCUUUAUUGAUUUUUAGCUGAUCUUAGACUGCGAUUUAAAAU